GAGUCGCAGACGCCAUUUCCCAUCCAGCGUUUCCAGAAUCCGACGAGUUCGUUUUUAAAUCGGAAAAAACGUUUGUUUAUUUCUCUUUGGGUGUUAUUAAUAUUGACGUUGUGAAGUGCAAUUGAUCAGUUUUUGAGUGCAGUAUUGAAGAAGACAUGUCCGGACUGUUUUUGCACAGACGUUUUUAAGCGGGUACGUCGUGCUCCAGUGAAUUUUUGCAUUAAGCGUUGAAUUUAUAACGAGUGGAGGCUUUCGUUGCUCCUAGACGAGCUAAUUAGCGAAUUUAUCAUCAAUUUGAAACCAUGUCGUCCCCUAAACCAUCAGGCCGAAAUGCGGCUUUCGAAGACCUUUCCAACGUAGAAUUCGAAACUAGCGAAGAUGUGGAAGUUAUAGACCAGUUCAAGAACAUGCAUUUGAGGGAAGAACUCCUACGUGGAGUGUUCGCAUAUGGUUUCGAAAAACCGUCCGCUAUCCAACAAAGGGCGAUAAAACCUAUAAUGAAAGGGAGAGAUGUUAUCGCCCAAGCUCAGUCAGGUACGGGUAAAACAGCCACCUUUUCAAUCGCAAUAUUACAAUCCCUGGAUUUCACCAUGCGCGAAACUCAAGUAUUAUGUUUAUCACCAACCAGAGAGUUGGCGGUACAAAUCCAGAAAGUAAUAUUAGCUUUGGGCGACUUUAUGAAUGUGCAAUGUCACGCAUGCAUCGGCGGCACGAAUCUCGGCGAAGACAUACGAAAACUGGAUUAUGGACAACAUGUAGUCAGUGGGACACCUGGAAGAGUGUAUGACAUGAUCCGCAGACGAGCUCUGCGCACCCGUUCCGUGAAAAUGUUAGUCCUGGACGAAGCCGACGAAAUGUUGAACAAGGGUUUCAAAGAGCAGAUCUACGACGUGUACAGAUUUUUACCGCCAUCCACUCAAGUCGUGUUAAUUUCAGCCACAUUGCCGCACGAAAUCCUCGAAAUUACUUCCAAGUUUAUGACGGACCCCAUACGCAUCUUGGUAAAACGUGACGAGUUGACUUUAGAAGGAAUCAAGCAGUUUUUCGUCGCCGUUGAAAGAGAAGAGUGGAAGUUUGACACCCUGUGCGAUUUAUACGACACCUUGACCAUCACCCAAGCGGUUAUAUUUUGCAACACCAAGCGUAAGGUCGACUGGUUGACGGAAAAAAUGCGCGAAAAUAAUUUCACCGUGAGUUCCAUGCACGGCGACAUGCCGCAGAAGGAACGUGACAAUAUUAUGAAGGAGUUCAGGUCUGGGCAAAGCCGCGUUUUGAUCACGACCGACGUUUGGGCGAGAGGCAUCGAUGUGCAGCAAGUCAGUCUUGUGAUCAACUACGAUUUACCCAAUAAUCGUGAAUUGUACAUCCACCGCAUUGGUCGUUCGGGGCGAUUUGGCAGGAAAGGUGUCGCGAUUAAUUUCGUGAAAUCAGACGAUAUCAGGAUUUUGAGGGAUAUUGAACAGUACUACUCCACGCAGAUUGAUGAAAUGCCCAUGAACGUGGCCGAUUUGAUUUAAAGUUGUUGUAAAAUAAGGAAAUAUAAGAUUUUUAUGUAUUUAUUUAUAUAAAUCCAGAAGCUAAACAGAUUUUUUUUCAUGAAGGUCACAUUUGUUUCAACUAAUUUGAUAAUUGAGUUUAGCUUAAAGGUGUAAUGAUGACCAAUAAAUUUUUCCAUGUACUAUGGGAGUGCA